UUACGUUCGCACAAAAUUGCGAGUACUGCGAGAAAACUAUACAACAUUACGUUUUACGGGGAUCUUAUUUAUCGCCAAAUUAUUGCGUCAGCCACGCCAAAGGUGGUAUGCCAUGAAAAGUACGCCAUCAACACGCCAACCUUCUCAGCUCGCGGAGGCCGUGUGGCCAUCAACAAGCUGACCCAGGCUUGGCAAUCGUAGCGCGCCAGCUUCCACCGCGCCAAUCCCAUUUUGCUAUUGGGCGUCGAGGUUCUAUACGUAAUGGGAUAGCUAAAUGUGGAACCAGAGCCGCGAAAAUCGAAGUCCAGCUAGGUAACUCUCCACGGCCGCUGGAUUAAAAAAAAAGAAACGACAGGAAAGGAGCUGCCUGUUGCGUGCAUCGAAAACGCUAUCAUCCGCCGCGGCGACCACUAGUCGGGGACCGUUGUACGCAAAAGAUAGUUUAGGCUUGUAGGCUUCAAUUAUCGCAAUUCCUUUAAUGCAGUGACGAAUUACACGGGUGCUUCAGGCGCAGGAACGCCGCCGUCGCCGUGCUGUCCCACUGGACGGCGCAUGCGCGACUCGUGCGCAGAGGGUUUGGGGGCCUUCUCCAGCGACGCGCAGCGCCCAUUUGGCAUGCACCAAGGACGAAGGACGGCGCCGACGCACCGUCAACGCUGUACACUUAACCGCAUCAGACUCUAGCCUCGGCGGUGGAGCCAAAGCAGCGUUCUCCUUCCCGCGGUUGACGAGGAGGUCGCCGGGAUGUCGCAUCGCUCCUCGUCGUCGUCGUCGCGGAAUGGCGACUCCUUCGGCUCGCUGGGUCGCCCUUCGCCGGACAGCCAGAGCAGCGCCGUCAUCUCGCUGCUCAACCACGCGCGCACCCUGCGCGUGCCGUACGGCGAGCAGAAGCGCAUGCUGGCCCAAGCCCUGCUCGCCGACCGGCACUUCGCCGGAAGCGGGGAGCUCCUGCAGACCAUGGAGAAAGGAGUGAUGUACCCGGUGAUCCACCUGUACGAGUUGCCGGGACCGUUUGUGCCCAUGGAGGAUCGGCUGCUUGGACACGACCGGCUGGGACCCGACUACGCGCUGCAUCAGGGCAUCUACGAGGAGAUCCGGCAGCACCUCCCGUACGGUCGCAGCGCGUACGCCAGCCCCGACGAUCGUCGCACGGCGUACAUCGUGGCCGGUUUCAAAGUUCUCGACGAGACGUUCCGUGACGUCAUGGAGAACAGCUGGAAGGACUGGACGGGCGCCCGCGCCAUCUACAUCAACCUGGCGCACGAAUUCGGCCUCCACCGGUUCUCGCUCUACCGCAGGUCCCAACCGAUGACCGACUUCAGCACCUUCUCGUACGUGCUGCUAAUCGAGUGCCGCACGGUGACGCCAGACAACGCCCUCCGGCUGCUGGACUUCGUGCAGCGGUUCCGGUCUAACCGCAUGUCCGGCUACCUGUCCGUCUACAACGCCCGCCACCUUGGGCUGGAGAGCUACGCCCGCGGUGGGGAGCUGCUGCUGCUCAGUCCGGUGUUGCACGGCCAGUCCGAUUGGUGGAAGCAGGUGCAAGACGCUGUUACCACGAGCAGCACCGGAAGCACCUCGGACCUGUCGAGCACCUCGGAGUCGACCAGCUCGGACGACAACCCGAGACCGCGCACCGCCGCCACGACGCGCUGCCCCGCGGGACCGACGAGCGCCUCGUCCCAGCGGUCGAUGCAACCGCUGACAGCCGUCGAGGUCGUUCCCCAAGACGCGUCCAAGUACUACGUCGACCACGUCAACGUGAUCACGUUGCCGGCCGGCAACCACCACCACCACCAGCACAGAGGCAAGUGUUCCACCAUGACUCCCAUCUACGAGAACCUCGUGGGCUCCAGCCGUCGCCGCGACGACGAAGCGCGUUCCCACAGCUCUCGCUCGCACCGCUCGGGCCAGGGCUCGACGAACGGUUCCUCCACGAACGGGCUGGGCGAGACGGACCUGUCGUACUCGGUCGAAGAAGAGUCCUCCUCGUCGACCAACGCCGGUAGCGGCUCGGACGAGGUGGACUACUACUCUUCCGACCAGCGGCCGAGGUCGUCGAGGUCGUCGACGAUGCGCCGGGUCUGGUUCGAAGACUGCGCCCUGGAUGACGUCAUUGCACAAGCCGCCGACAGGGAGCCACCUAAAGUACAGCAGGACGACGGAGGAGAGCGUUCGCUGGCCAAGGAGUACCUGGCUUUGGACGAGAUGCUGCGCAACCUGCAGUGUGCCGACGACGUGGCCCCGCCUAAACCGAAAAGCACGGUCAGGCGGAAACUGUGGUAGAAUGGGGGAGGAGGUUAAUUCAUUCGGGGCGGAUGACGUCGCUGUGGCCAGCGCUGGCUGUGGGAUAAUUUUGUGCACUUCAUGACACCCCUUGAGGAUUCUCGUGGGAGGUGAUGAUGGUUUCAUGACUUUUCCCAAUAGUUCCUUCUACGAAGUUGUCUCUAUCACUCCGUCGUGUCCGCAUGCAAAUGUGCAGGUGAUCGUGUACGUCGCAAAAGACGGUGGCCUUUAUCGAUCAAUAGGCUUUUUGACGAGAACGUAUUGCUCUCGCUGCAACAACGCAAGUUGCUGUGCAACAUUCGGCUACAACGUUCAGCAUGGUAUAAGUGCGCGCUGUUUAACAGGCCAUCCAUAAAAUGUCAGCAUGAACUGGCAAAUUUUCUCUCCCCUCCCGCCAUUAUUUGCAAAGGUAAACUUAAAUUAAGGCUUCUUUGGCUUUGCACUUGGAGUUUGCAACCACGUAAGCAUCUUCAAAGACAAUGUGUACCUGUGAGCGUGUGUGCUAAAUUGUAUGACAGUGUUGUGUAAUCACAAAACCUUCGAGACAGCACGACGCCUAUACACUGACGUUGUGUACGCUGCAUGCUGCUUCAUGGCGUGAACUCGAGCGAGCGGGUCCAGUCAGAAGUCGAACUGACCUACCCCGACCCGGCCCGACCGCGUUUGCAUAUGUAUUUUUACAUGUUUCCAAGCGAGUUAGAUGAGUCACGCAGGCUGGCUAAACUCGUCUCGAGGAUAGCCCGGCCCGACCCGCUAGCGUUUACACGAACCGCACCACCACAUUUCGGCCCUAGAAGCCGACUCUACCCGACUUGAUCGCGUUCAUGUAAAUUUACGUAGUUUGCAUUUACACGUUCCGCGCUACUUUGCCAUCUAAUUAGCACACCGGUCGGAAAACUCACUUUUAAUAAUCUCGCCUUCUUCUGUGACGAGUUUUCAAGCGCCAGCCGACACGCACUCUACGCUAUACGAAACAGCCGGGCUAAGCCACUCGGGCGCGCCAACCGUAUUACACGCCUUUAGUUUACCUUUUUGCCGGCAGGUGGCGCGACAAAUGGUGACCAAAUUUUAACGAUGACACCAUGGGUAGUGCCUUGCUUACUUACGCCCGCGAGCUCGAUUCUGAGCAAAUAUUAGCAACACGAUAAGACGUGCGUCCAUUGCAGAAAAACUGCGGAGACGACUCAGUACGUUGUACUAGAAUGCGCUGAUAUCCAUCCAGCUAGUACCGUAGUUAUGUCCACCUUCCAUAAGCGCUCAGGUUCAACUCUCACAAGAAGUGAUAACUAGUCAGUGGUGGAGAUCCGCAAGAUAUCAUUGGAAUAUUGGCGGAAACUAAGGCAAGAGUUGGGGACCAGAUCGUCGCAGACAUACCUAGAAAAUCUUAUUAGACAAAGCAGAGAUACAAUGCUAGCUAGGUUACGAUGCGAUGGCAUAUAAGUGGCUCACACGUACAGGCUUCGUGAUUAUUUGUCACGAGCUCGAUUCAAAGGGCAUACCAUUAACGAUCAUCAUCAUCAUCAUUCGUAUUCCAUAAGAGUACUAGUUUUUAUUCAUUUGAAAUCUACUAGAUUUAAAGCGAGACGAUACUGUUAUCUCUGCACACCCCUCGAUUCUGCCAGCACUUUAGGCAUUGUUUCUGUUCUCUCGAAUUAAACAAGUUAGAAGGAGAGGGCAUGGGUGGUGUUAAAACCUCGACAUCGAUGACGUAUCUCCGGCUCCCGAAGUCGCUGCCGCCGCAUGCAACCAGAAAAACCAUCCAGAGGGCGCCACCACUGGGGCGUAGAUCAGUAAGAUGCGAUUGGAGGUUUGGUGGCAGAAAAGUAUGGAGAGCACAAGCAACGAAGGCGUACAAAAACAGAGUUCCCAAUAACUGUUUGAAAAGUUUAAUGCGGAGAACGUUUUGUCUGUAAAAAAAAUAAGAUAGGUAAGACAUUAGGCAAAACAAGAAAAAUAGAUCGGUGGCGCAACCCACCGCCCCGCUUCAGAGGGGAUGCUCAUAGCAUCCAUCCAUCCAUCCAAUUGGGUAGUUAGGAGGGUUAAUCUGUAUGGUAACAUAAAGGGCAGUGCCUUGCUAUUUGAUGUCGGAGAUGGCUGCGUGAGGACAAAAACAUCUGUGCCACAGGAUGAGGCACGUGUGUGCUUCAAAGAAAGCCAAGAAACGACUCUGCGCAUCGUGAUGGAAUGCCAAGAUAUUCGCCCAGUGAGGCCCGUAGGGAGUUUCCGCCUACCAGAAGCAAUGAGAUUAGAAUAAAAUGGAAGGAUUAACUGGUCAGCAGUCGAGAUAGGUAAGGAAUGUUUUAGAGUUUUGAUGGAAAAAUAAAAGCGGAUAGUAUGUUACGGAACCGGAGUCAUUGCAACUGUACGUAAGGGAAAUUGAAAAGGAAAAAUUGUCAUCCACCCGAAUAUAGCAACAAGCUACAAAGAAAACCCAUACGGGUUUCUCGGUAAGAACGCUUCGCAUUCGAGGAACAAUAUAAAAUUUUAAAAAGAAGUUUUAUAUACGAUUGUUGAGCUCGAGAUCACAUAGACAAAAGGCUAGAUGUUGUUAGAUGCAGCAAAACCUGCAUAACUCAAGCAGGCUAAGGGACUAUUUUUCUUCGGCCCGUUUCAAACAGGAUGCCAAUAAUAAUAAUAAUAAUCAUCAUCAUGGGAUUUGGGCACCACCUAUUAAGAAUGAAAAUCUGUUCGUGUUUUUUUUUCAUUGUAUUAUUUCAUUGAUAUGAUUGAUUGACUUGUCUAAUCGCAGAAACUGCAUAACCUGCUGUUCUGCGGGUGCUCUUUUUCAUUUCUUUCUGUCGACAAUUUAAGCAUGUUUGCGAAAUAUGCGUUAGUGUUGGAGCAUUUUUUUAUCACCUGAUGUCAUUUUUACAUCACCGAAUGACUUAUUGGUUGUGAAGAGGAUGGUGACACUAUAGUUGCCAACAUUUACUUUUCGUCCAAAUAAGUCACUCACUCACUCACUCACUCACUCACAAUAGCCUGAAAGAAAGCAGCAGCUGUAAAAACAAUGCAUUUUCAAAAAGAACAAUACUUGUUCUUUUGAAUCUCUUAAUGAAGCAGGCAUUACAAUGCAGUGUCUUAUUUGUCAUUUUAUGCUAGAGCAUAUAUAAGGCAUCUCAUACGUAUUUAAAAUAAAGAAAAAAGAUAAAAGAAGAAAAGACCUUUAUCUAAAGUUUCGGUGAGCAUUGUGAGUCAUCAGAUGGUUAAAUUAGUCCAGGCUCCUCUAAUACGGCAUCACUCACGACCAAAAUGCGCCAGUGUGAAGUAAUAUUUCAACAAAUAAUCGAUCGAUGUGUUUAAUCAGCCAGUCGUACCGUUCAGUUCUGCAAUGCUGAACGGCCGCGUUGUUUAAGGUAAUCCUUUAUUCAUCUACAUUCGUAAUUUUGCUUUUCAGGCUUGUGCGAAGGCUUGACCAUAUCUAGCCCUACCCUUGUAUACCGAUAAGCUUUGAGUCAUUAACAGCAACCAAAGAUUACCGUCGUUAAUAGCUGGUAUGAAAGCGCAUUAGCUGAGCUUUUUCAUUGCUUUCUUUUUUCGCGAUAUACUCAUGGUGACGCGUGUGAUCAUAACGCAGUUCGGGGCAACGUUACUAGACUAGCUUCAGUUGUAAAACUCCCCGCCCGCGCGCUUACAGCCGCUGUCGCCACUUCUGUGACAGCCGCCAGAGGGCAACGCUGUUCCAUCGGGCUCCACUGCAGACGCCUCGUCACAGCCUUGAGCUCGUGCGGACGGGCAGUUUGCGCGUGUUUCGCGCUCGCUGGCGUUCUCCCUUGUCCGAAUUAGCGAUACCACGAGAAAGCGGUAUCCACCUAUAGCAAGAAGAUUUAUCGCGCCAGUUCGUUAAUACUGAAAGAAGCGUAAACUGCACGAAAGGAAGAAACGCAUACAGCGAAGCGCGGGAGCUGCGUUUCUAAAUGUCGUGUGUUUCUUCCUGUCGUCUUAACGUUUCGCGCAGUUUAGGCUCACGAGCCUGAAUAUCUGGCCUAAGUGCGUGAUUGCAGGAUGACCUGCAUCCCCACCGAAGCUUCUCACCACGCCAAAGAAGCGCCACAAAAAGAAAGAUGAGGUCGGUCGUUGUACACACAAGCCACAAAAAAAAAAAAAAAAAAAAAAACAGAAAAAGAAAGAAGUCGGAUUUUUCAUUCCGUGAAGAUGCUUAAUCAGCGAAACUGAAACGUGCGGCCCCUGUGUUUAUCACUGGGUUGAGGGUUCAUUAAAGUAUUUCUCAGUUAUGAGGUUACACACACAAUCGGCUACGAGAGAGAACGACGUCACUGACGGUAUGCCCGCAGUCCGCAGUUGUCGCGUGCGUUCGAUGUCUCGAGUUUGCUCGGCGGCGUGGUUAGCAGCCUUCGCCUGCGAUUUGCCGCUUGUAAUUCUUCAAAAUUAAAUUUCUUCAAAAUUAAAUCUUUCCGUUACGUAAGACCAUGAGUGGCUCAUACCCCGUAAACGCGGCCUCCCCAUUACGACGACAGAAGUGAAGUGAAAUUCUACGCUAGAAAGAUGAACGGCCACGCAGCCAGCUGUGGAAGACGACGACGAACGCGGGAGCAGUGGCACGUGCGCGUGCCGUUGAUUUCGCAGAGAGUUCCCGGUCGGUACGAGGAACCGCUGUUUCACGCCGAGCGAAGCGUCGCUUUGCUGGAAGCAGAGAAAAAGUGGUGCGCCGAACUGUUGACAUCGUUCCGAUAGCGGCCUAUGCAGCCAGGUACGCAGCACGGCGGCAUCGUCUGCUGACAUUCUUAUGAAACUCGGCGAAGGCUACAGUUCCAAGGAUGACAUGCUUGCGAAAUUCGCUCUCAACAACGAACCACAGAAUACAUCAACGCUGCACCGCGUGCUUAGUCCGGCCCGCCCUCGUAGCCGGCUAGUGAGGAAGUGAAGCCGGGCGCGACUGCAGCGCCACGAAGGCGCGGGCGGGUGGCGGUUCCGCGCAACGGCGCCGAGUUUUAAAACUGAAGCUAGUCUAGUAACGUUGGUUCGGGGCGUAAAAAUUAUUGCGACCCUUAAAAGGACACCGAAGAGAGAAAUAUUUUGAGUGACAUGUAUUAGUCAGUUUGCCCUUCUGUAAUACCAAAACGCCACUCUUACAGCGAGUAUAAAAACCUUGUGAGCCAGAAAAAGCACAAAAAAAGAUAAGAGACAGGUGGCGACGCCGCAUUGAAGUUUCCGCACUAUAUCUCGCCAUGACGUCAUUAAUUCUUGAUGGCGUCUGCUCAGGCCUGGGCAAUUUUUUUAUUGCUAGAAAAAAAAAAGGACUACGCUGUAUUGCAGAAGAGCGCGAAAACGGAACUUUCCAAGUUUGAAAAAAAAAAAGUUUGCUGAGCCACAACCGCUCAAAUGCGAAAACAGAUUGAAAUUCGUGACGUCACGCACCAGUUUGCUGUGGGUUCGGCGCGAAAUUCAAGAAACAGAAGUUCAGUCAUCGAUUUCUCGUUUUAGUAAUCAUGCGUCUUACCGUAAACUUAUCGAAAAUUUUUGUUAAAUAUUACUCAUCAGUCUAAAUUGAUUCGGUGUUCCUCAUUAACGUCCCUUUAGGAGAUGUCCAAGGAAAAAAAAUUAUCGAUAUACGUUACGUUGAUACAUUAUACUCCUAAAGGAACUGGCCAGAGGCCAUCGCAGGGGGGUUGUAAUAGUUAGGAGAUAGCUCCCUAGUAGAUCUGCAUGAAUAUGCUGCUGGAAACACUUAUUGGUAUGGAUUCUGCGGCAUUGCACUGCCUCUACGGUUAGCCCGCGUCACUAGCGCGAGUAUUUAGUAAGGUCAAAAGUUGCCCUAGUUGGUUCUCAAAGUAUAACAGCGCUGCUUUCUCAGGAGGACCAGACACAAGAAAAUGCACGAACAAGCGCUAACUUUCAACUCGUCAUCUUCAUUUAAUACGUACCUCCCGUGCAUUCAUAUAUUUCCUUCGCAUUAAACAUUGUCGGCAGUUAAAAGUCAGUGUUGGUCCUCGUCUGUUCGGUUUCGUCCUCGUCAAAAAGUCGCGCUGUUAUACUUUUGAACUCUGCGAAGACACGCACCAUGCGCUGUAUACCAGGAUCCGCCCGCCACAUUGUCGAAUUCCCCAUCUGUUGUCAGUUCUGAUUGGCUCAAGUGGCGGUACAGCCGCUGUGAUUGGCUCAAAUACGGUCAAACAUGGCGGAAUUCGACAACAUGGCGAAAUAUAGCACUCGGGGAUCGGCCCAGUUUACUCAGCCAUGCAGCCGUCCUUGCGAAAUAUAAUUUGGGAACGGACAAAGGAAGCUUGGCCAUAAUAACCUUAGGGCUUCCUACUACAAUUACUGCAGGGAACUCUGCAAUAGUUCAGUUACAAUGGGAAGGAUGGUUAGUGCAUGAAUUCGUCUGCUAUCUCCGUGCUUUUGGCUUCAGGCGUUCUUGUGGCUUUGUUUACAACGCUUUAUCUGCCUUUAUAUGACCUAUAUAAACUUCGAGGCAACCUUGUUUUGCUCUCCGCAUAAGGCAACAAGAUAAGGCCCUGCUUACAACGCGUGAUCAUUGAGAUUUUCUGCACUUAUAAAGCGAUAUCUCGCUGAAAAAAAAAAUGAUCAAUUUGCAAGUCACAGAGCCAUUGCCGUCAGAAGCACGAACUUUACAGACAAAUCCGUGUGCUAAUCGUCUUUCGCGUGCAGGUUGAACGGCCAUGUUCGCAGCUCCCGAAGUGUUCCCACUGGUAAAUUGUUGUAGGAAACUCUGUGGUAAUAAUUUACACAUAUUGGUCUCUCUUGCCAAGAAGAAUUAACUGGUGUGAUAGAAACCGUGGUAUACCGAAGAGGGCUAUGGCGCUCUACUGCUUGAGCACGAGCUCGCCGGCUCGAUUGCCGACCACGGAGACUGCGUUUCUAUGUGGACGAAAUGAAAAAAAAAAAAAAAAAAUAACGCGCGUCUGCUUACAUUUAGGUGCACGUUAAACCGCAGAGAGUCAGCAUUAAUCCGGAGCCUGUAUUACUGCGCCGUCUCUCAUAACCCCAGUGUUGCUUUGGAAGGUUGAAAAUAACUCAAUCAAUCAAUCAAUCAGUCAGUCAGUCAAUCAAUCAAUCAAUCAAUCAAUCAAUCAAUCAAUCAGGCACUGAGAUGAAAUUAAGAAUUUCAAUCGUCAAUGGUCCCAGCCGCGCUCUGCCUAUAAGCGUUAUCACUAGAGAACAGAUGUAUAGGCACUAAAAAUUCUGUUUUAGGCGCCUUUAACAGAGGCUAAAGCUGUCCUUUAAGGCACAUAUAGGCGCCAAAAACAGUCCUUGAGGCAUGUAUAAGGCUCGAUUAACGAGGACGUCCGCUGUUCAUUCGGAGAUAAAUUAUAAAAUACGGGAAAAGGCAUCUUUAGGGCCUGUAAGACCUAAUAUAGGCACCAACAUCGAAAUAGGCAUUUAUAGGCAUCGAUGAAGGUGUGUCAGUAAAAUGUUUCUAGACCCAUUGUUAGUGCUUAUAUGUUAAACAGGCACGAAAAGGACGUAAGGGAAAUAUAAGCAUCCUGCCUAAAGUUCCGGUGUCCCGUUAUCGCGGCUGGAUGGACCGGACGUGAGAGGUACUGGACUAUAAGAAAAGCACGAAAUCGGUCGAGUGACUGGAAUACUUGCAUUACGCCUGCCUAGAAGUUUUCGAAAUAUGCGUACUCGGCCAGUACUUAUUUGCUGUCUCUCUUUAGAGUCCCGUUAAAGCGCGUGCUGCAUGUCGCGAGUUACGCAUUGAAAAAGAAAAUGAAUGCGCUCAGCUAAUAGUCUCUUUACACGAUGUUUCUAUCGCGGUGUGUACAGGCUGGGCGUGACUCUUGAAACAUCAAUGUUCUCAGGAAUUGUUUUAUCACAUUCGUUUUUCUUGUCUUCCUUGUUUGCAGCGCGUUUCAUGGCAGCUUUCUUUCUUUCUUUCUUUCUUUCUUUCUUUCUUUCUUUCUUCCUUUCUUUCUCUUUCUUUCUUUCUUUCCGACAAUUGUGUCUUGGACUGUCGGAUAGUGCGGGAACCUCCUAAUUCAAUUCAGUUAAACGAAUGCUUCACCGCUAGUAAUCAACACAUUUUCAAUAAUUUACGAAUGAAAGAAAAUGGAGUGUUGAAGGAAUGCCAGUCUAAAGCAAUUCAGCGUCUCACUUUAGUGUGGGAAGACAAAAUGAACAACCUAUCUAGAUGAAUUAAAUUUAGACUGGUGGGCUACGUUUCUUCAAUAUCAUAUUUCCCCUCAUGUCGUGGGAAGAAAAAAAAAACGUUUGGUCAAACGAAAUCAAGUCCAGACGCGAACGAGUACUGGCAGGAAAUCUGGGACUUGACGUUUUUAUAGCGCCUUUAUUUGUUCAUUUUGUAUUAUUACUUUUUGUUGCUGCAGUCCGAGGUUCUUUCCGCAAUGCGAAGUUUUUUAAAAUAUUUUUCACCAUCGAAGACGUGGACACGUGACGAUUUCGCUCCAACUAAUUUCUAGCCUCUUUUCUUUUUGUUACUUACGUCUAUAUUUUCCACGUUUUGUGUGAGAAUGAAUGGGGUCCAACUUAUGAAACCGUACCCUUAGUCGAGCGUUCCACUAGUUUAAAUACUUUUGUUUCUUAAUGAAGCAAUUACCUUUGUCUUUAAGUGUUUAUCCAUUGUUACUCGUAGGGAACAAUAUACGAUAGCUGUAGGCAUUUCCUCGCAUAGUUUUUGAAUUUUGUUGAAGUUUCGAUAGCACGUUUUCAGUUUGUUGCCAUAGCUUUCUAGUGCCUAAUUCCAGUCAUGUUUUUAAUGCUGAUAAUGUGUAUGCCAGAUAUAUAAACGUUGUUCACUUGCAUUUCAGCUGCGUUAGACUGUGAUAACUCUGCGUGUGCUUUCUUGCAGGAACACUUACAGCCACUCACGACGUAAAUCUAGUAGGACAGAAUUUCUACGAGACGAAAUAACUUCAUCACAGUAUUAUGUCGGUGUGUGUGUUAUUCAGCACAAUGUAUAUGGUACGCACGGGUUUUUAUUUUUUUACGCACAGAAGCAAUGAGUCAUCUUAACACGGGAAAGUUUGUCGCACGUGAAUGUUGCUGCCUCUGAUGAAAUUUUUGUAUGCUUGUGAAUUGAUACAGCCAUGUAUAUAUGCUGUGUAAAUAAAAAAAAAGAAAGAGAAA